UAACUUCUUUGAUCAUGUUCUAGAGCUGCGUUUACAAUAAUGUAAUGUCACGACAGUUUAAAAAAAAAAAAGUCUGAUUCUUGUGUUUGUUUUCCUGAUGUCUCUUGAAAGCAUUACUCUUUCUGCCGCUGGCUCUGCAGGAGUGAUAUAUUUUUGCCAUCAUGGAUCGCUUCAGAGAUUUAUCAGAUGGUGAAGUGGACCAUUCUUUCUUUGACAGUGACUUUGAAGAAGCAAAAAAAUGUGACAGUAACUCAAUUUUUGACAAGCAAAAUGAUGAACAGAAAGAGAAAUUAGAUAAAGAUACAGAAAGUGUAAACCUGAAAUUUGGAGUACAAAGCAAGGGAAAUUACCUUACUGACAAGGGAAAUGAAAGAAAGGAGAAAAUCUCUCUAGAAGAACACCCUGUAGAAAAUGAUAGCACACACACCAGAAAUUCGUCAUCAUUGUCUACUUCUUCAAGAUCCAAAAAAUUGAGUGAUGCUACAACAGAACAUAAAAUACACUUGCCCAUCCCAAAAAGAAUUCCGAAAAUUGUAAAAGAUGGUAAAGGUGAUUACUGUACAGAUGAAGAGGAAAGCAGUGACAAUGGGAAAAAGCAUCAUGUCCGAUCCAAAUCAGUUAAACCAUCGAAUAACUUUAAAAAAAGCAAAAGUAAAAAUUAUUCCAAAAGGAGCUCCUCUUCCUCAUUGUCCUCCUCAUCUUCAAGUUCAGAUACAGAUUGUUCAGAUGCAGGGUCGGAUGUAUCUGUUUCAUCUCCAUCAUUAAAGAAACAUGUAUCUGGUAUAACCCACGUGUCUCCAAAACAGAAGUAUAAACCAGGAAUAAAAUCAACAGGAACACAACCUUCAAGUACUAAACCCAAAGCAGGUGACUGCAUUGAGGAAUCUGAAGAUACGGUGACAGAUGUAACUCCUUUAUCAACUCCAGACAUCAGCCCUGUUCAGUCUUUUGAACUGGGAUCAUCAAAUGAUCAAAAAGUGAAAGUUAAAAAGCAAGAAAACGUGAGUCAAGAAGUGUACGCGACUGUUGAAGAUUUAAAAAAUAAUUCAAAAUCUUUGAAAUCGGCCAAAAAAGGAAAAGAAAAACAUGGGCCCAAUCUCACGUCGAAGUCUGCAGUGUUAGAUUCCAAUUUAGACCAGAGAUAUAAACAAAAAGUCUUACAUGACACAAUGGACCUGAAUCAUCUUCUGAAAGCUUUUCUGCAAUUAGAUAAAAAGGGACCACAAAAACCUCACUUGGAUCAGCCUUCAGUAGCACCUAGGAGAAACUACUCUUUCACAAAAGAGGAAGUGAGACAGAUUGAUCGGGAAAAUCAGAGGCUUUUGAAAGAACUGUCAAGACAGGCUGAAAAACCUGGGAGCAAAAGUACAAUUCCUAGAAGAUCUGUUGGCCCUCCCCCCAAGUUAUAUCAUAGUGCUCUCAACAGACAAAGGGAACAGCAAAGAAUUGAAAGAGAAAAUUUGGCUUUAUUGAAAAGGCUUGAAGCUGUAAAACCAACAGUUGGAAUGAAACGAUCAGAACAACUGAUGGACUAUCAUCGCAAUAUGGGUUAUCUUAACUCAUUGCCAUCCUCCAGACGUGUGAGAUCGACUCUUAGCCAGUAUAGCCCAUUAAGAGGAGCAUCCAGGACAUCGAGUGCUACCAGUGGUCUCAGUUGCAAGAGUGAACGAUUGGCCUUUGACACAUCCGGUGGCCUGUUGCUAAGACCUAAGCCCCCUAAUGUCCGUACAGCUUGGUUAUAAAGACUUCUUACUUUAAACAUUGUUUAUCCAACUCUUAUUGAAGUUCUCUUGUAUAUUACUAUAAUUCUCUGUGUAAACAUCUGUGAUACUGUUUUAAGCAAUUUAAAGUAUGCAACAAUGAGUUUUAAUUUAUUGUAAUUCAAUGCAAAAAUUUUCUUAAAUGACAAUUUAAUGUAAAAUCAGUGUUUCCUAUGAGGAUGUAUUUAUAUGCGAUGUUUAUGUAUUAGAGAACUGGUAGUAUGCAUGUUUAUUUUCGCAACAUGGAAAUUAUUCAGCUGUCAUGUUGGCAAAACAGUGUGACGGGAUCACUGAACGUUGGACCCAAGACGCUGACUAUGUGGUUCUCAUUAUAUAUUUUUCUUUUCAUUUCUUGUAUGCUGUCAACCAUGAGUUUAACUCCCAUAUGUAACUCUUUGUUUUCUAUUUGCUUCAGAAGUUAGGUGGUGUGGCUCAUAACUUGAUGGUAAGAUAGUUACACUUGCUUAUUAUGAAACGAAUCUUGAAAUAUGUUUUCAUUGGUGGAACUGAUUGAUACCUGAUGAGCAGAUUGAGAGAAGUUGGUCCUGGGGCAAUCCUUGUUAUUCAUCCGAGGCCUGUACGAUCCCUGUAGAUGUGUGCUGAGUUAGAGCUUAAAAUUUUCAUCAACCAUUCCAAACCAUUUCAAACUCUGAGUCUUAGAGAGUUCAAUGAGAAACUCCUCUUCUGUGUUUUUAUAUAUUCAGGUAAAGCACUACUAUUGAUCUUGAAAAAUGAUUAGAGUUAUAAUCUACUGUUUGUCCAAGGACCAGAUCAUCAUAAGCAAAAAUAAGUAUUUGUUGAAUCAGAAAAAUUGCACCACCAGUUGGAAGAACCAGGAAGGCAGAUGCUGAGUUAUGUCACAACAGUGUUAUAAGUUAUGCUGUUGGCAAGUUGUUUUAUUGAGUAUUUAUUGUAUUAGGUGAGAAGAUAAUCAAGAGAACUAAAAUAUGAACGUUAAAGAAAUCGCACUUUUGUUGAAGCUUCUGCUUUAAAUGUCAGCUAAUUGUCUUGUUUUAUUUUGGGCGUUUGGGUUAAAUCCUAGACAUAUCUAUCAUUCUGCCAGGCCCAGUUUUAAAGGUCUGGUGAUCUUAGUGGAAUUAGUAAUGGCAAAUCGGGUGUAUAUUAUAGUUAACUUUUGAAAGCAGAGUAUUUUUCUGUUAAUCUAUGGGCCAUUUCUUAUUUUUUAUACAACAAAGUGUGUCUCAGUCAUGGUUGUUCCUGCUAUUUUUCAUUAUUGGUCUUUUCAGUGUAUCCUUAAACUAUGUUGGAAAGUUUCCAUAUCAAAUGCCAAAUCUUUCCCCUUUUUAAUAAGAAUUUUUGACAUAUAGCCCCAGUGAGGAGAUUUAUUUUUUUGUUUUUCUUUAUGAUUACAGGCUCUGUAGCAUAUGUGCUGAACUGACUUUUCUCAGCGCCUUGGGCAGUAAGCCAAGCUUCAUUUCACUAAACAUCAAUUCAGAAUUUCUUGGUUGUAGUUUGCAGUGAUAGAUUUUGUUUAGGAUAGAAUGUCGAGCAUGGAAACAACAGCGAUAAAAGAAUUUAGAGAAAUCCAACUUGUGAGAAUUUUUGCUUCUUUCUUUGGGCUAUUGUGUUCAUUUGCUGCCAUUUGAUGCUCUCUUUUGGUGAACAAGUUUUUUUUGUCAUUUACAUGUAAACUUGAGUAUACUAAAAUAAGGUUGUUUUUUUUUUUAACUUACUGAAGUUUUUAUGUUUGUAUCACAACUUAUCUUUAAGGAGAGAUAAUAUUGAAUUUCCAAGUUAGCAUUUGGACAUGUGCCCAGUAGUGAUUUGGCCAAUUUUUACAAAUUGCAUUUGUUAGGAAAAAAAUACAGAAAACCUUUUAUGUUCACUAUGGCAUUAGUCUGUCGGAGGACAUUUUAUAUGGUCUCUGUUGCCACAUGUCAGGAUACAAUACAUAAUUUUGUAGAUAAAACUACAUUUGGUACUAAUUUAAUGCCUUUAGUUUUUACUAUUUUGAAGAGAGAAAUUUAAGUAUUACUGAUAACAGGGUUUCACCUUGAAGUAGAAGUCAAGAAAAGCAACAAUAUUCAUCUUUUCAGGCAGGGUUUACAAUUCCGUUGUCAUGAUUAUUUAUUUAUGAUAAAUAAAAUUGGAAGAGAUAGAGUUGAAAAGUGUGAUAUUCUCUGCUAUAAGCAAAGUACUUUGAAGUUGUUAUGGCUUGAGGACAUUUUCAUGAAGGAAUCAUAAGUUUACUGUUUUCACUUGCAAGAACGUAAAGUGAGGGAAUAUGUAGCAUUUUAUAUUUGGUUCACUUAUACCCAAUAUAUAUACUUUUGAAGAUUUAUAUCCACAACUAGAAAUUAUAUUCCAAGGUCUGGAAUUAUUAGUCAAGAUUCUUUUUUCAUUUGUCAAAUGUUAGUGUCUCAUUUUUAAUAAGAUCAUCCAUGAAAGAUUUUAGAUUAUUAAGAUUAUUUUUUAAGGGAUAGCUAUUAUCAUGCUUUCCCUACUUUAUUUUUCAAGUAGCCACAGCAAACUGCUUUCUUAGCCACUUUGUUAAAGAGUUUUUCUGGUUUGCUUAUAAAUGUAGUGUAAUGAUUUGUUUUCAACCCAUUCACCCAAAUGUCCAAAAUGGGUAUCUAGACAACUUUUAAAGAGGUCAUUGUGAUGAAUGAUUUUGUGCUUCUCCUCUUCAAAUUUAAAUACUACACACUAUGAAAAGUAUUGUGACCAAUGUAAAGUUGGAGACACAAUUUUCUUCAUUUUUCUAGUUAAAUUCAUAAAUUGUUAAAAUCUUAAAUGCCAAAGCCUUAACCUAUAAAUGUGUACCAUCUUAGAAAAUGUAUUUAAUGCUAAUGGCUACUUUAUUUCUAUGAAUAAAGAUUAGUAUCAAACAAAAAUCAAUCAUUUUAGUUCCCCAUUCCAUUGUAAUGUAUUUAGGUAUAAAGAACUAGCUUGGCAUAUUAAAGAAAUAAAAGAAUUAAAGAUAACUGAAUUGUGUUC